AAAGGCAGUUAGUCAUUAUCACAGAAACGCAGCGAACCAUCGUCGCUGUCCGCAGCGUCUCUUCUUCACUCGUUUUUCAGAGGUCAUGUCCCACCUCCUCCUCUGUGUGUCCGUCAUCGCCGCCCUGUGGUUGGCGUCGGCUCUCAGUCUGUCAGUGUUCUCGGAGCCCCGCGGCGCCCACAUGCUGCUCAGAUCCCGCCGGGCGAACUCCUUCCUGGAGGAACUGAAGCCGGCCUCCAUGGAGCGCGAGUGUGUGGAGGAGAGGUGUGACUUUGAAGAGGCUCGAGAGAUUUUCCAGACCAGGGAAGCGACGCUGGAGUUCUGGACAGUGUACACUGAUGGGAACCAGUGCCAGUCCCACAUGUGUGUGAAAGGAGUGUGUGUUGACCAGUACCAGGACUACGCCUGCCGCUGUGAGCCCGGAUACGAGGGCAAAUACUGCAACCAGCCUCAGACGGCCACUAACUGCUCCGUGGAUAACGGCGGCUGUGAUCACUCGUGUUCGGAGAGCAAAGACAGCCUGAGCAGGAGCUGCAGCUGCGUGAGCGGAUACAAACUGCACGACGACUCCAAGAAGUGCAGCCCAAUCGGUUCCUCCUCCUGCGGUCAGCUGCUGAUCAGCAGGUCGUCGUACACCAAGCCGAUGGACGGCCUGCUGCCCUGGAUGGUGGGGGGGGAGGUGGGGAAGAAGGGGGAGAGUCCCUGGCAGGUGCUGCUGAUGACCGCUAGGGGUCAGUUCGCCGGCGGGGGCGUCCUGAUCGCUGAGAGUUGGGUGCUGACGGCGGCGCAUUGCCUCAAGAACAGCCUGCGCUUCAGAGUGAGACUCGGAGACUACGAGCGCCACAGGAUCGAGGGCACCGAGGUGAACAUGAAGGUGUUGGAGUACUUCAAACACCCGAACUACAACACCCGCACGGCUGACAACGACAUCGCCCUCCUGCGCCUCGAAACACCCGCUCCUUUCUCAGCGUUCAUCGUCCCCGCCUGCCUUCCUUCCAGCGACCUGGCCGAGCGAGUGCUCCACCUGAACAGCACCCCGACCGUAGUGAGCGGCUGGGGGAAGGAGGAGAUGAACAGCAGCACCUUCAGCUCCGCGCUCAACGUCAUCAAUAUCCCGCUGGUGGAGCGAGACCUGUGCGUCCGUCAUAUGAACAAUAUGAUCACGGAGAACAUGCUGUGUGCGGGGGUCCUGGGCCAGAGGCAGGACGCCUGUGAGGGGGACAGCGGGGGUCCCAUGGUGACGCUGUACCGGGACACGUGGUUCCUGCUGGGCCUCGUGUCCUGGGGAGAGGGCUGCGGACGCCAGGAUAAACUGGGCAUCUACACCAAGGUGUCCAAUUACAACCAGUGGAUCCAGGGCAUCAGGGACGACUGGGAUCGAGUACACUGAGACCCCCAAACAACAACAACAACGUCCGAGAGCACCCCCAAUAACAACAACAACGUCUGAGAUUACCCUCAAACCAUCAGCAGGUUAAACAAACAGCAAUGUAACACAAAGCCAUGUAACACACGUUGUAAAUAAAGCUCCGGCUUCUUUCUUCACCCCAACAA